UCAUUCACACUUAACAGGUAGAAUGGGAAUUCUAUCUGCAGUGGCAGUUUUGUGUAAGGAAUUUAUGGUGGGAGUUGUUUGAGGAUUAUGACGCUAGAGUAACAGGAUGUGAUCAUUUAUGCGGGAAUAGUAGUCAGUAUAGUUAAGAAUCCAGAUUUAAAGUGUAAGGGAAGUAUUUUGCUCCGUUUGUAUCAGCUUGAGUGUGCAAAUGGUAAGUGCAUCUGAAAUAACUAAAAAAUUCAAAGCUCAAAGGUGACAAUUUCAUUAGUACAAAUAAUACAUCUUAUGAAGUUAUCCACUGCAGGGAUGAGGAACCCGUGGCCUUCAAGGUGGUUCUGGGCUAUAACUCCCAUCAUCCAUGACCACUGCCUGGAAGCUGGAGUCCAGUGAUACCUAGGGGGCCACAGUCUCUCCAACCUUGCUCUACAGAGUGCCACUUUAUGAAGGCCAGUCAGUUCGUAAAGGGAUUUGACAGACCACAGAAUCAGUUGUCUCAUCAAUUGAAAAAGGAGCCUACUUCAGCCACUGCCAUGCUUAUUCACAAAUGAAACUCUUUGUACCUCUCCUCUGUUUAGAAUGGAUAGGAGGGUCAACUCCUAGUAUCUAGUGAAACAUGAGCAUGUUUAAGAGAGCAAGUUCAAAGACUAAGAAGCUGCGCCAGUGUAAACAAGGAUGGAGCACAAAGAACAAACAGUCUCUCCUGCAUUCUGGAUUUAUGAGGAUUUAUAUACUGAGACCCUUCACAGGCACCAUAGCAGGUUCUGCCUGGCUCUUGCGCUGGCUGCUCUCCCCAUAGUGACUGCGAAUGAAGAGGUACCUGCUGUCCACCAGGACUCCUGGGGAGACUUUUGGCUGUUUCGCUUUUUGGUCAAUGCCGCAGGCUAUGCAAGUAUUGUGGUUCCAGGCUUCUUGCUUAUACAAUACUUCAAGAGGAAAAAUUACCUUGAAACAGGCCGUGGUAUUUGCUUUCCAGUAAUCAAAUCAUGUGUCUUUGGCAAUGAGGCCAAAUCUGUACACCAGGACGAUACCUUGCUAGCAGCUCGGAAUGAGACCGUCGAGUCCUCCACAGCCCGGCAGUUCUUUAAGCUGCUGUUUUGUGCAACUGGCCUGCAGAUCUCCUACCUGACAUGGGGCGUCCUCCAGGAGAGGGUGAUGACCCGAACGUACGGCGCAACUGAGUCCGACCCUGGCGAGAAGUUCAAGGAUUCUCAGUUCCUGGUCUUCAUGAACCGGAUCCUAGCGUGCACCGUGGCCGGCCUCUACUGCGCCCUGAUCAAGCAGCCCCGUCACGGCGCUCCCAUGUACAAGUAUUCCUUCGCCUCCCUCUCCAACAUCCUCAGCAGCUGGUGCCAGUAUGAGGCCCUCAAGUACAUCAGCUUCCCCACGCAGGUGCUGGCCAAAGCCUCCAAGGUGAUUCCGGUCAUGCUGAUGGGCAAGCUGGUGUCCCGCAAGAGCUACGAGUACUGGGAGUACCUGACAGCAGCCCUCAUCUCGGUCGGAGUCAGCAUGUUCCUGCUCUCCAGCUCCCACGACAAGCACCUCUCCACGGUCACCACCUUCUCCGGCGUGGUCCUCCUAGCAGGCUACAUUGUCUUUGACAGCUUCACGUCCAACUGGCAGGACGCCCUCUUCACCUACAAGAUGUCCUCGGUGCAGAUGAUGUUUGGCGUCAACGUCUUCUCGUGCCUCUUCACGGUGGGCUCGCUGCUGGAGCAGGGCGCCCUGCUGGAGUCGGUGCGCUUCAUGGCCCGCCACUCGGAGUUUGCCGCCCACGCCGUGCUGCUGUCGGUCUGCUCGGCCUUCGGGCAGCUCUUCAUCUUCUAUACCAUCAACCAGUUUGGAGCCGCCGUCUUCACCAUCAUCAUGACUUUGCGGCAAGCCUUUGCCAUCCUCCUGUCGUGUCUCAUCUACGGCCACGCGGUCACCGUGGUGGGCGGGCUGGGAGUGGCGGUGGUCUUCACGGCGCUCUUUCUCCGCGUCUAUGCCCGCAGCCGCAUGAAGAAGCGGGCAAAGAAAGUGCCCGUCGAGGGCACCGUGCAGAAGGUUUAGGGGCCACCGGGCAAGCAACAUGCCCUGAGCUCCUCCCCGCCCCCAAGCACUUGCCGAAUAUCUCUCUUACGAACCCAGCAAAGAGCUGGUCGAUUUGGGAAACGUCAAUUCCCAUCCUCUACACCUCCCACCCCAGCUGAUUCUUAAACACUGCUGGGAUUGGCUUGGAGGAAGCGAGGGGCAGCUUCCUCCUGUCCUAACGUCUGAGUAUUUUAAGUCUGCUGAGGCUUUCUGCUGAAGGAGACUUGCAAGGGGCUCUUGAGACCCCUUUCCAAGAUAAGGGUUCAGGUGUCCCUAAUGCCUGCCCAGACUGACAGCUUGUGGGGGAGAGAAGGCUAAUUUAUGAUCAAGUCAAAUUGGAGCUUGUUUUUUUGUUUUGCUACGGUUUGCCUUCUGCUCACCACCCUGGAGCCUGCGUAUGAGGGAACAGCAAGGCCAAGGCUUUUACAGUUUCCAUUAAAAAGAAAGAAGAGAGAACCACACCCUCAAAACGUCAUGGUUGGAAUGGAAAGCCCAGGCAGCUUCUACAGAAAACCAGUCCUGACUGUGGAGGUUUUGAACUUGCCCUGCUGGGCAACGGCCUCUCUUAAAUCACAGCCCCUUUGCUUUCUGGCUCAGUAUACCCACCUGUACUUUUGCCCCGCUGUCGGACCUUUCAGACAGUGCCCCCUUUGCCAGCGUCAUUUGGGUUUUUGCUUUUUGCUUAGUUUUUCUUUGACCAUCCCCUCCUCUCACUGCCAUGAACUACAGUCCCAGAACCCCUCGAGGCCACUCUUGGGGUGCUUUCUUUGGGUUUACUGUUGCUGCAAACUUAGAAAAGCACAAAUAUUGCCUUUUUGAAAGACCUCUCUUCGGAACCAAGUUUCUUUGCUGCUCUAGGCAAGGUGGUGAGGGAGAGGGUAUCCUCAUAGUAAAAGAAUGUGCACCCCAGUCCUUUUCUCCACCCCACCCCCCACUCCCCAGUGAUUUUUGCAAAGGUUGGUGGGAAAUAGGUGGUUCAAGCUGAGAGCCAGCCACACGGAAGCAGCCUGAGUCUGGGCUCGUGUGCUGCUUCCAGCAGGGCUGACCUCUGGGCUCUAACCCUCUCGGGCCUUGCAGUCUCUUUUGUGCCAUGUUCCCAUUUUAUUACUUGGCACGUAGGCUGUUCUGGAAGCUGCAAGGUGUGGUGGGGGCACUGAACUGCCCUGUAUUGUCUAGCUCGCUGUGCCAUUUUCAUUUUUGAGCCAGGAGAUAGCAAUUCUGAGAUGAACGGUGCAGGAUAGUUUGGUGCCCAGAGGCUGGAUCUUUUUACCCUUUUCUCCCCAUGCUCUCAAAACUGGAUGCGGGACUGGAGUUGUUGGCUCUGCCCUAAAAGACUCGAGUUUUACCCAUUAACCCUUUUGUUGCCAAGCUGACAUUGGGCAGGGGAAACAUUUUUUGGUACUCGACACACAACUGUUUUAUUUUAUUAAAUUUAAACUAUGCUGCAAAUAAGUGGCCAGGACAUGUUUUAUAGCCUUUAACGUGCGUCCAGGAGGGAUAAUCUAAAGGAGUUGCUGCUCCCUUGUGGGCCACCACCACCCCCCCCAGGUGCUGUUGGGGUGAAAACAAACAAGUGUCUCAAAUCUCAUCCAGUUGAUUUAUCCAGUAUGGUUUAAUCACAUUAGCAAGUGGGUCGCUUUACAUCUGAUGUGCCAAAUAUGGAUCUAAGUGGCAAAAAUGGGAGUUCCAUUACAUUAAGCAGAAAGAAGUUGCUUUAUCUCUUGCCUUUGAGCCAGGUGAACUUCAUACUUUACCUUGUAGAUAGGGAACCAUUUUGGAGACGAGAUCAAUUAUUUGUGCAAAGCUUUCCUUCUAUAUAUCUGCUGCCACAAAAGUCUUAUCUCUCAAGUAGAAAUACUGCCAAAAGUUGAUUCCUGUGGCAGCUUAGUUUUAGUACUCUUUGCAUGAGGAUAGUUUCCGGCAGGAAAAAACCAUGUUAUUUUAAAUAGAGCCAAAACGAGGUAGCUGAAGUGCCUUUCAAUCUCUGCAGUGAUGACUGGUGUUCAUUGGGGCUCAAGGCUAAGAGAUCAACAGUAGGUGCGGCCAGAACCAAUGACAGGCAGAGUCAGAGCCUGACUGGUUAUAAGACAGAAGGCAGGCAUGUGGAGACUAGCUGAGGGCUGACAAGUUAUUGUGGAGCAGUGCUGCAUUUGCUUUAAUGGACCAGCCAGAUUCAGUCUCUGGUAACAGGUAGGCAAGUAUGUGAAAAAAUUGAUAUAAAUACAAGUAAGGGGGAAGAGAUGUCUUGUGACUGAAAAAGCCCCAUUUGUUAAUUUCCUCAAAUGAGCACAUAAGUAAAUUGAAGGGUAAAGGUACCAAUGAGACACCAAAAUCCUCAUCUUUGGCUACAAAAUACGUUGUGUAAAUUCACAAUUCAAAAUGUUCCAGGCUUUCUGAUUUUAUUUCAAGGAGUGGCAUGGUAUGAGGAAGUGAUGAUGGGCAAGAAGGGAUGUGGACAGAAAUAGUAAAUAGGUGUUCACACAGAAGUUCAUCUUUAGCAGCUCUUGUGCACCAUGAGGCCUAGAUUCUUAACUUGACUUCAAAGCAAAACUAACUCCCCCAAGACUUAAAUAUCUCUGUCACUAUGGCAGUGGACUGCAGAGGAUUAAAAAAGCAUUAAAAGGCUGCUUAGGACACAAAAGACGUUCCAGGUCAAAGGUUACACUUGACAGCCAUGCUCCACAUUAAGAGAAAAUUCCAGUGGGUAGGAAAUUCAGUGUAUGGUGUCUUAGCCUUGUUCUGCCAAUGUUGUUGCAGUCUAAAAAUAUCCCCAUCCUUGGCUGAUCAACCUGUGAAACCCACUGUUAUAAACUUGCAUAAAUGAAGACUGUUAAUUGUAGAAAGGGAAGGUAUACACAAUUCAACCCAUUUAAGUGUAGUUUGUCCUGGACAUCACUUACAGGCAGGUGUCUGUAAUAAAGCAUAAAAUCUUGA